CGCCCAUCUGACGUCAGGCCCCAUAGGCCACGCCCCUUUGGUACUUUCAUUCAAGAUGGUGGCUGGUUCCUUGUGACAGGCUCUGUCCCCCCCCCCGUUGCCUCCCCCCAUGCGGCGCUGCUCGGACUCCUCCUGCCCCGUCACCAAUGGCCUGCGCUUGGAGGGCCCGGUGCCCGUGGAGCUGCCCCGGGGGCCGGCGCCGGACGAGAGCCCCGCAGCCGAGGCGGGCCCAGGCGCCGGCACCGGCACCGUCAAGGUCUAUCUACCCAACCAGCAGCGCACCGUGGUCAACGUGCGGCCGGGAGCCACCGUCUACGAUGCCCUGGACAAAGCGCUGAAGGUGCGAGGGCUGAACCAGGACUGCUGCGCGGUGUACCGGCGCCUGGGCGGACCCAACAAUAACACCCCGGCCCCCGAGAGACCCAACAAUAACACCCCGGCCCCUGAGAGUCCCUACAAUAACACCCUGGACCCCGAGAGACCCUACAAUAACACCCCGGCCCCCGAGAGACCCAACAAUAACACCCCGGCCCCUGAGAGUCCCUACAAUAACACCCUGGACCCCGAGAGACCCAACAAUAACACCCCGGCCCCUGAGAGUCCCUACAAUAACACCCCGGCCCCUGAGAGUCCCUACAAUAACACCCCGGCCCCCGAGAGACCCAACAAUAACACCCCGGCCCCUGAGAGUCCCUACAAUAACACCCCGGCCCCCGAGAGACCCAACAAUAAAUCCCCGUGGUGGCUGUUCCCUGGAUGGUGUCUGUCACUCCUCACCCCCACUUCUCUCCGUCUGUCCCCCCAGGUCCGUAAGACGUUUUUCAGCCUGGCCUUCUGCGACUUCUGCCUCAAGUUCCUGUUCCACGGCUUCCGCUGCCAGACGUGCGGCUACAAAUUCCACCAGCAAUGCAGCAGCCGCGUGCCCAGCAUCUGCCUGGCCCUGGACGCAGCCCACUGCCCGAUUUACAGCCACGACCCCUACCCCGACGUGCAGGGGCAGGAUUCCCCCUCGGCCCGGCCCGGCCUGGCCCCCCUAACGCCGCAGCCCAUCAGCUCCCACCAGCAGUGCCUGAGCCCCGACGCCUUCAGCUUCCCGGACCCCCCCGGCGGGGGGCAGCCCCUCCAGCGCCACCGCUCCACCUCCACCCCCAACGUGCACAUGGUGAGCACGGCCGACCCCGGGGACGCCGCCGCCCGGCAGAUUGCAGCCAUGAGCUUCAUCACAGACGCACCAGCCGGGGGGGAAGGGUUUCCCCCAGAUCCCAGCCCUGCCCAGGAGCCUCCCGGGCGCCGCGAGGCCCCCUCCAAGUCGCCCCCGCAGCCCCCCAAGGAGCGGAAGGGGUCAGCGUCGUCGGCCGAGGACAAGAAGAAGGUGAAGGCCUUGGGCUACCGGGACUCGGGCUACCAGUGGGAGGUGCCCCCGCACGAGGUGAUCCUGCUGCGCCGGGUGGGAGCUGGGUCCUUCGGCACCGUCUACCAGGGCCGCUGGCACGGCCACGUGGCUGUCAAAAUCCUCAAGGUGACGCAGCCCACGGCCCAGCAGGUGCAGGCCUUCAAGAACGAGAUGCAGGUACUCAGGCGGACGCGUCACGUCAACGUGCUGCUGUUCAUGGGGUUCAUGACGCGGCCGAGUUUCGCCAUCAUCACGCAGUGGUGCGAGGGCAGCAGCCUAUACCGGCACCUGCACGUCUGCGAGACCCGGCUGGACGCCCCCGCCCGCACCGAGGUGGCGCGCCAGACGGCCCAGGGCAUGGAUUAUCUUCAUGCCAAGAACAUCAUCCACCGGGACCUGAAAUCCAACAACAUCUUCCUGCACGAGGGGCUGACGGUGAAGAUCGGUGACUUCGGCCUGGCCACGGUGAAGACGCACUGGAGUGGGGCCCGCCGGGUCGAGCAGCCCCGGGGCUCCGUGCUCUGGAUGGCGCCCGAGGUGAUCCGCAUGCAGGACAGCAGCCCCUACAGCUUCCAGUCCGACGUCUACGCCUACGGGGUGGUUCUGUUCGAGCUCACCACGAACAGCCUCCCCUACGGGCACGUCCGCAGCCGCGACCAGAUCCUGUUCAUGGUGGGCCGGGGGUACCUGUCCCCUGACAUGACCCGGGUGCCCAGCACCUGCCCCAAGGCCCUGAAGAGACUCAUGAUGAACUGCCUGAAAUUCAACCGAGACGAGAGACCCCUCUUCCCCAAGAUCCUGGCCACGGUGGAGCAGCUGCAGCGCCUGCUCCCGAAGCUGGAGCGAAGCAUGUCAGAGCCCUCCCUACACCGCGCCUCCCCCCCCGACCCCCGCGGCUCCUCCCCCCCGUCGCCCCUGCGCCCCCUGGCCUAGCCCAGACAGAUGGACACCCCCACCCCGCUGCUCGGAGCCUCCCCCAGCCUGGGACCCCAGCGUCCGGGAGCAACGGUGGGAGAGGGCGGCAAACACACCAAGGGGCUGGGGAGCUUCCCCCCCCGAACCCCAGGGCCACCAUCGCCCCAGAGGAACUUCCAUUGAAUGGAGAUCGAUGUGUGACACCCCCCACCCCGCCCCAGAGGUGGCUGCAUCCCAGCAUCAGCCGCGCCGUCCGUUCAAUGCGGCCGUUCCCGGCUGCCCCGCCCCAGAGGUGGCUGCAUGAACGGCGAGUCGCGGGCUGUUAAAUCUCUAUUUUAAUAUAUCGGUCUCUGGUU